GUGUUUACAACAGUCGCAAGAGUUUAUAUUUGAGGACGAAGAUUGUGAAUUUAUUAUAAUGGAUCCUACAAUCGCCCCACAAAUUAGCAAAUUAUCACUCAACAAUAUAAAGAUUCGUUCGCUUGCACUUUUUAUUUCUUUUAACAGAGAUGCGAUUCGUGAAUUGGACGAUGACCAAUUUCACACAUUUGGUUUUCAUACCAUUUUUCAUGACUUUUCCAAACUCCAAAAUUCGUCAGAAAAAUUAAAGUUUGCAACCGACUUCGUCCAAUAUUGUGCACUGAACUGCUGGGCAAACGGGUGGAAAAUCAUCGUUCUAGUAUCUACUCAUUUGAGAUUUUGUAAUGAAAUUACUAACUUCAUAUACAAAAUCCGUAAAGUUUGUGACAAUCUAACUUUGGAUAUUGUUAUUAUCCAACCAAAGAAUAAUGAAAAUAAUGUUAAUGAGGAUAGAGAAAUCAACAACUAUAUUAAACAUUUUCAUGCAAACGCUUUUCCCACUGCUCUGAUCUGUGACCCUUCGGAAGGACUCAAUGCUCUUUUUGUAAAUUAA